AUGUUCCAUACACCAGCAACUUGCUUCGAUGGAAUUCAAAAUCAAGAUGAAACUGAUAUAGAUUGUGGAGGAUUGAUUUGUCCACUGCGAUGUCCCACCAGUAAAAAAUGUCAAAAAAUAUCUGAUUGUACCAAAGUAGCUUGUACUUGUGGUAUAUGCCAAGUUCCUACAUGCAGCGAUGGCAUUCGUAAUCAGGAUGAAUCAGGCAUUGAUUGUGGAGGAAAAAUAUGUCAAAACAAAUGUGCGACAAAUGUAAAUUGCACGAUGAGCUCCGAUUGUGAGUCAUCUGUAUGUACCAAUAAGAAAUGCCAAGCACCACUGUGUAACGAUUUUAUACUCAAUGGAGAUGAAACUGGUAUUGAUUGUGGAGGUGCGCUUUGUUCCAAGUGUUCUGCUGGGCAAAACUGUAAAGCAACUUCGGACUGUGGCUCUGGAUUGUGUGUUGACGGUACAUGCAAAAAUUCAACAUGUUGCGAUGGUAUCAAGAAUGGUAUGGAAACCGAUGUGGACUGUGGUGGCUCAACAUGUAAACAAUGUGCCGAUAAUAUGCACUGUUUGACAAAAACAGAUUGCUCGAGCAAAAAGUGCACAAAUAACAUUUGUCAAGUACCAACCUGUUCUGAUGGGAUUGUUAAUCGAGAUGAAACUGGUAAAGACUGUGGUGGAAAUUUCUGUGCAGCGUGUCCAGAGGCUGCUCCGUGUACUUUGACAGCCGAUUGUAACAAUGUGUUAUGCACAAAUAGCGUUUGUCAAACUGCAACGUGUCACGAUGACUUGAAAAAUGGAGCCGAGACAGACACAGACUGUGGAGGAUCAACAUGUGGAAAAUGUGCCGAUGGUUUGGACUGCAAGAUUGGAACAGACUGUACUAGUGGAGUGUGUCCUAGUGGCAAAUGUCUCGCUGCUACAAACGGUGACGGUGUGAAGAAUGGAGACGAAACCGAUGUGGAUUGUGGUGGAACAAGCGGAAAAUUUUGUGGUACGGGUCAAUCGUGUAAAGUCACGGCGGAUUGUAACAGUGGCUCGAAUAAUCUUUUAUGUGUCAAUAAUAUUUGUGGCACACCAUCUUGCCAAGUAAAAUUCACAGUGAUCAAUAUUACAAUAGAUUCGCCAGGAGGACUCGCUAUUGAAGAUUUUGAUCGCGAUGGCAAACUCGAUCUCGCUGUAAGUAACUACAAUCAAGACCAAAUCACUAUCCUAACUGGAAAUGGCAAUGGAGUUUUCACCGUAAAGACAACAGUGGCAAGCAGUGGCAAUAAUCCACAGAAUAUCAUAGCUGCUGAUUUUGACAAAGAUGAUAUAGUCGAUCUUGUUGUCGACAAUUAUGAAGGUUCUUCGCUGGAUAUAUUUAAAGGCAGUGGUGACGGAAGCUUUCCUACGAAAACAACAGUUUCAACUGGUGCCAAACCAGAGCCAAUAGGUGUCGCUGACUUUAAUAUGGAUGGCGCAUUAGAUAUUGUUGUUGCCAGUUCUAGCGACAGUAAUGUGUGGACGGUACUUGGAAAUGGUGCAGGGACUUAUACAUCUCAAACAAUAUCUGCUGUGGAUUAUAAUCCACAAUCAAUCGCUAUUGGAGAUUAUAACCGUGAUGGCAAACCUGAUAUCGCUGUUUGCAAUCUUCAAAGCACUACUGUAAAUGUACUGCAAGGAAAUGGUAAUGGACUUUUCAGCUCUCUAACAACAGCAACAGCGGGUAAUAAUGCAGAAAAAAUCAUUACCGACGAUUUUAAUCGUGAUGGCAUAUUAGAUCUAGCAGUUGUAAGUGGAAGUAGUAAAAAUUUGAUUAUUUCCACAGGAACUAGUACUGGAACUUUCUCUACAACAACGACUAUUCCGUUAAGUGCUUAUCCAGUUGACGUUGUUGCAACUGACGUGGAUAACGAUGGUCUAUUAGACCUUGUUGUUGUUGAUAAUCAAGAUACAAACCUACGAUGGCUAAAAGGAGAUGGCAACGGAAAUUUCGGUACGCCAUCAACGUUUAAUUUCGGUAUAACGGGAGCGAUACAAUGCCAGACCGCAGAUUUAAAUGAUGAUGGUCGAACGGAUUUUAUUAUUAAUUUCAAAGAUCAAAAUAUCGUGAAAGUUGUCUUAAAUACAUGCGUAUUUACCAGCCCUUAA